GAGUUAUUAUGGCAAGCUCCUCUUUACGAGACCGCAACGUGUCUUGAAAGCAAAAGAAAAGCAAGGCGUAGAGGGAGAAGAGAGAAAAAUUGUAGAAGCGACUGUGCGCGAUAGGAAGGAAGGGUCCUGAGCAGAGCUUCUACAGUAUGACGAAACGUAAACGCGUCGGUACCGCUGGUCGUGCGUCAGGGUCAGGCCUGAAGAGUCAAGAUAGUGUAUCCGAGGGAUCAGAAGGGCGCGAAAAGAAACGUCGAAAGCGAUCCACAUCGCCAAAUGACCCAGUAAGCGUUCCUCUUUCUUAUUCCCGUACUUGAAUUAGAUUUAAAAAGAAAGUUUGUCAGGUUUUAGGGGUCCUCGUCGCCAAAAUCGGGCCGUUUUAAAGUCUGUUUUGAGAAAACCAUGUCAUUACUUUUCAUUAACUUCUUUUCUUAAGACAGCGCAUUUGAAAUUGAACGAACAGAGCCUGAUUUCAAACACCGUGACAGAAAUUAUAGAGUGACGAGAGAAAUUAAUUAAGUCCUGAUUUCUGCUCUGUUUUCGAAAGAACCGAGUGGAACCUGGGCGAGAACAAUACAUUUCCCGGGACUUUUAACCUAAUAAACCCAUGUUAGGAGAAGAAGAGAAAAGUUUGCAAAUAACGAUCCACGAAGCAGCUGAUUUACAGGCAUUUUGAAUAUUUUUCUAACAUCCAAACUGGCUCUAUCAUAUUAUAAAACCUGCAGAAAUGUGUUGUUAGCUUGUGACAAAAAUGUAAAUAGGGUAUAGCAAAGAUAAAAAAAAAAUGUUGAUUUUAAUGCUGGAAGAAUAACAGGAGUUUAGUCUUGGAAACAUGAGUUGUUAUUGUUUCUGUUUUUCUUGUUUAAACAUUGCCAUUGCAAUUAGGUUAUUGUGUGCUAGACUUCUAAGGGUGUAGGAAACAGUGACAUAUACAAUGCUUUUCAGGGGGAUUUUGGUGAGCAAUUCAUAGAGUGGUGUAUUAAAUAAUAAUAAAUUUAUUGAUUUAUAGUGCGCUUUUUAACUGCCGAGUGAUCAGAAGUGCAUAAAUGUUUGGGCAGAAGAAUAGGAAAGAAAAAAACUUUUGCCUUGUGGGCUAGCUUUAAUUAUAGCUCAACAUUCUAUAAAACUUUUAUUAAUGGACAGUUACUCCAGUGGUAGAAGUCAAAAUGUUGUUGUGAAAUGUUGGACAUCACAUCACAAAUGUGUGAACGUUAUAUCUGAUCAUUGUGUGAAAUUGUCUGGAUAAAGUCAAAAUUUGGUUGCAUAGUGUCUGAUGAUGACAGUCAUUUCCAUUCCUAAUGCUGGAUGAAAUUGUUUUCAAUUUUCAAUAUAAUUAUUAGUGUGGCAGUUGAAAACUUAAAGAUUGGGUUCUUUCUGCUGAGGUGCACAUCUUUUCUUAAAUACUAAAGUCUUUAUUAAGGUACAGAAAAGCUGGCCUGAGAAUCCAGGUGACAAAGCCAGAGAUGUUAGCAAUAGGCAAUCUUCUUUCCUAGUCAUCUUCCAUUUACAUGGAAUAUUCUUGACCCAUUCUGAUUUGUUCUAACUCUCAAAAUUAAGGAGAGUGUUCAUGCCUGAUGCUUGUAGAAUGUACUCAUAAAUAAGUCAUUUGGGUAGCCAAGCCUCGGGGAUCUGCCAUAGAUCAAAGCUAGACAAUCAUUCUUUUCACAAGGUCUGAAAUAUUAAAACAGAAUGUAACUGUGAGAUACUGUUGAAAGCUGCAUGAAGGAUUUUUCCAGUAUUUCCAUGAUAUAAUUAUUUACUUGUGCUUGUGUGUCAUUUUUGGUCUGUGGAAUGGGCAAGACUCUCUCUUUCCCUGUGUGACAAUUUGUGGAAAGGGGUAGACAAGGGUUGAGUUUGAGUACUAGAGGUAGUUUUAUGAUCCAGAAAGAUGAAUCACUACAUAACAUGAAGGGUUUCUAAAAGUUGCUUGUUUGUGUAUAGGCUGACAUUUGUGCAGAAUUAUAUGAAAUCAUCAGGAAUUUUAGAGAUGACAGUGGAAGAAUUCUUUGUGAAUCCUUCAUUCGAUCGCCAAAGAGGAGGUUUGUUGGUUUUUUUUCCCCUCACAUUGUACAUUUUGUGCAGUGAUUCAUAAAGAAGUAAUCAUUUUGAUGAAAGAUAAUAUUCUGAUACUGAUGAAUUAUUUCAAGAGUGCUAUUAUGAUGAAGUUACAUGAAGUGAUUUUUAUAGUGAUUGUUAUAAGUUAUCAGAGAUACACUGUAAAACACAGGUACAGCUUGCUACAUUGUAUAUGAUGUUAUUAUCAUUAAUAUUUGUUACUGUGACUGGUUUUGCUUUUUAGGAACAUUCCUGAGUACUUUGAAGUUAUUUCAACUCCUAUUGAUUUGUUGAAAAUACAGGUAAAGAAUUAUUUCAACCUACACCUUAAUACUUACAUGUAAUAAAAGUAGGUUCAAUCAUAGCCUUCAUUCCAUUGUUUUAAAAGAUGAAAGUAAAUGUAACUUAUGAAAGUCAGUUUCAGAUUAAGCCAAGACCAAAACUUGUAUGGUCAAGGAAGUUGUUACAAUAACAACAAAAUUUUAUUUAGAUUUAAUUAGCUGUUUUCUGUUUUCCUGUGUAUUGAUUAUACAAGGAUGCAUGUAUGAUUUAGAUUUCUAAAGAUAACUUCUAGGUCUCCUCUGAGUGCUUGAUGUGAACUCUUUCAAGAAACCUUUGGAGAGGGCAACGUUGGAGUCUGUUUAAGGGAUUUGUUUUCUCUUUAUUAGCAACGUCUGAAAACAGAUGAAUAUGAGGAUGUUGAUGCUUUUAGUGCUGAUAUGCAACUGUUAUUUGAUAAUGCCAUCAAGUUCUAUAAGUCUGAUGUUCAGGAACACCAGGAUGCUAUUAAACUCAGAGAGGCUUUUGAUGAGGCAAAGACAAGACUUUGUACUCAAUUGGAUAAAGGUAGUGUCCUAUAGCAGAAUGUAAACACAGAACUCCUCUAAAAGAACAUUUGUUUACAAUAGAUAUGUUUUGGACUAAGUGUGGCAAGGAGAACCACCAAAGAGAUAUCAAAUAUUCCAUUCACACCUGGUCUUGCACUUGUUUUUAAUAUGGAUCAGUUUUAAUAAAUGCAGACAUUCAAUUUGUUUCUUUACUUAAGCUGCUUACUGAGUCUUGUCAACAAUGCACUUACACUAUUGUGUUGUAUGGAAAGAAGGAUAUUUUGUAAAGCUCUCUAAUAUUCCUAUUUACAAUUACCAGUCUUCCAUUUUUCUGUCAUUGACCCUGCAUCUAUUAUGUCAUACUCUGUACAAUUUCAACAAUUUUUAAAUACUAUUUGUAAUAUUCUGCAAGGGUCAUGGAAUAUAUCUCACAAACAGUAAUCUUGUGUUUCAUUGUUCUAGGGGAAGGAAUGUUUGAUGAUGAUAUGGUAUGUGAGUUUUAGUUGGAACUUCAAGAGAUGAUUCUUGCCAGGAAUAUUAUGCACGACUGUGUAGACUUUUAGUCGCUGUAAUAAUAUACAUGUAUACUUUCUCACACCCUUGAUCACAUAACUUUCCUCAAGGAAAUUGUGGAGCCACAAUUAUAACCAACCCACAGAAUAUAUGAAAUUGUGAGCCAGCUUUUAUGCCUGCUUACAUUUUCCUUAUUUUUUGCGUGUGUGAAUGUGUGGAUGGUAUAACUGAAUUGCAAACAUUGCUGCCCACUGGUUUUCACUUUGUUUUGAAUAACUAAAUGUAGCCUAUAUAAAGAAUAUCUUAUUUUUUUGCAAAUAUUCAGCACUUCAAUGGUUUUAUGUUAGAAAAUAAAACCUUCUUCAAUGUUGACAAAGGAUAAUAUAUCAAAGAAGGCUCUCUCAGAAAAGCAAAUGUUUUUGCAAAGGAUACUUCAUGUUCAGAUGGUUUUCCCGAAAACCCUCAAAAUCUGUAAAAUCGAUUAGAAAACCCCUUUAAAUGUAGAGGGAACAAUACAAGUUCAGUUUGACUAAAAAAUCCCAAAUCCACUUUUCUAUACAUGCGGCAAAACACAUUACAUCAUUAAAAUUUAAAUCACUUGAUUUGACCAUUAAGUGCACACCUGUAAUUGAACAAUAAAAAUGAAAAAAGUCCAUAAUUAUGAGUGCCAGGGUGUAAGUACCAACUUACUUCUUUCAAAGUUUUUUAUCAAUUCCAUAAAUGCAGAAAAGUUCCCAACAGUUCAUGUAGAUCUGUUAUUAAGUGAGCUAUUUGCUAUUUUUGUUAGGAAGGAGAUGGCAAUGAUGAUGAAGGGGAUGAUGAUGGUGAUGAGGAAAGUGAGGAUGAGGACAAGACAGACAAGGGCAAGCAGUUGUUUUAUAAGGAUGGAAAUGCAUUUGGAAAAAGACAGUCUGGUCUCCCAGCAGGUCAGCAGGCGGGACAGGGUUAGAGUCAGAUCUGUUUAACUCCAGCAUUAGGAGCUGCUUUUUUGUGUGUGUAGGAGAUGGCAAUGAGGUUAUCCAUCUUUGUGAAACAAGUAAAAGAGAACUUUGAGAAGUUAAAGAACCAAGGUUUUUGGUUUAAAAUGUUUAAAGAACUUUUUCUGCAAACCUUUUUGUUAGCCGUAAGGUCUUCAUUUACUCUUCUUUCAUAUAGCAUUUUUAUAAUGCUCUUGGACCACUCAUAAAAGGGAUUCUGACAUUUUUCAGUUUUUAAAUCAUGGCCGUUUGCUCUUUGUAGGUACCUCUUCUUGAAUUCAGUGUUGUUAGAUUAAUUAUCAUACUGGGUUAUUUUCAAUUUGGACUUUUUCAGAUGAGGAUGAUAAUGAAUCGUCAUCCACACGAGAUGAUGAUGAAGCAGAUUCUGCCUCUAAUGUUCUCACUUACUGUGGGGAACUUGUAAGUGCAGUGUUGGAAAUGAAAGAUAACCAUGGAAGAGUUAUUUGCCAGCUUUUCAAGAAGAUACCACCUGAAUCUGUAAGUAGCAUGAGCAUAACAACUCUAAAGUAAGCACAUAAGAGCCAUAUGUUUUCUGAGUAAACAUGCAUGAUAUAAUUUGUAUGUGCAUUAUGGGAAGAUGUCUAAGUUUUGCAAAAAAGUUUAUGAUAAUGUUUAAAAAAAUUGGGUAAUGUGAAUCAUAUUUGAAAACCAUUUGUAAACAACUCUAAUGUCAUGUCCUACAAGAUUCCUUAAUGUUUACAGUUUAGGAAAGGUUUCACUUUAAAAUGGUUUCAUGAACACAUUUAUUUAUGAACUCUAAUUGGUUGUUGUGUUGCUUCAUUAAUACUUCAUUUAUCUUUCCAUGGUAUACUUGAAAAAGAAGUGGAUGAAUUAUUUUUACAUGUUGGGCUGAAUCAUACAUGCACUUUGAUUGGUUCACAAUUAUGAUCUGAUACAGACGCAUAGAUGACAUCCCCCCCACUGACAACAUUUUGUUUCUUUGUUACAUGAAACAAAUAGAUUCCAUUUUGUUGUUGUAUCAGAGAUCACCAAAGACAUAAAAAAGUUGCAAGAACAUCUGUGACACUUUUUAGUUCUUAUCAUAUUUUGAUGUCAUCUGUGAUCUAUUUUCAAACAGGCACAGUGAAAAAUGGAACCUAUUUGUUCAUUGUUUGAAUAAUUUAGAAUUUUGCCCACUUCUGAAUCCAGAACUUUCAACUUAGCAGAUAUUCAAAAUUAUGAAGAAGCUAAGUAGAGUUUUGAAAAGUUCCAUUUGGGUGCAAAGAAGCUAGUAAUGUUGCCCUAAGCUAUAAUUUUAAUAUAGUGCUACAAGUCUAAUGUGUACCCUUGUAUAAUUUAUUUCAAUACACAUGUAGUACUAUACUAAAAAUAUAAGUAGCUUGCUCUGGUGAAAUUUGACUAUUGAUUGGUGGUAACUUUUAUUAGUGUGUUGUAAGUAUGGUAUUGCCCUCUGCCUUUUUCCAAUUUUAGUUUAUUAAUUUUAGUGAUUGUUACUUGUAUUUCAUCAAGUGAGGUAUUCAUAUCAGGAUAGCAGUAUCUCUAAUAAUCCCAAUUCUUCCCAACAGCUUUAUCCAGAAUACUAUGAGAUCAUCAAAGAACCCAUAGACUUGAAAACAAUUUGCACUAAACUGAGAGUAAGUGUGUAGAGAAAAGUAUGAAGAAUACAAUAAUACGAACAUCCUGAUGUAAUAUGACUUGUUUGGUGUUUUCAUUUUUCCUCAUGUUCCCCUCAAAAUUUGUUAGUUUGGAUUAAAAUAUGUUCAGUGAUUGAAGGAAUAUGCACUUGAUAUGUUAUGAAAAGAACACAUGGAAAAGGAUAUCAUAGGCUGCAGGCUGUGACAUGAGUGUUGUUCAUCAGGAUGGGCAAGCCUAAAAGCCAGACAAUGCUACUGGUGGCUCAAAGAUUUUGCUUAAAGUGAGACUCUCCUGGUGCUGUGUAGGAAUGGUAAUAGAUGAAAAAAAAAUAGGUUUGAAAUCCAAUAAAUUUCAUUUGAUGAGACUAAAAAGUAUCAGAUGAAUCAUGCUAAAAUUGUGAAAUCAAACUGAAACACAUCUAUCAAGUUGUAGUUAUUCUGUUUUCUUUCAAAACUGUAUCAAUGUUCAAAUUGUUAACAUUGGAGUCAUGGCUGCCAUUUUUGGGAGCCUUUUGUUUUAUUUGUUUCUGUAAGUUUUCCUUGCAUGAGCAUACUCACUUUUUUGAUUAACCCUUGAACUCUCAAGAUCUGAUUGCUAUUUCCCCCUUUGGUUGCUUCACAUUUCCUUGUUAAUUAGUUACAUGUAUGAGAAUUUGAUGUUAGAUCAAGAUAACAACUUCUACCAGAUAAGUUUGAGUAUUGGCAUUAUUUGUGUGCUGGAUGAUGUGUAGAGAUUAAAUGGAGAAUUUACUUGUUAAUCACUUCCAGCAGUCAAAGGUUUAAGGACUUAAAGUUUUGAACUUAAUUAUUGACCCCUUGUUGUUCCACCAGAAUAACCAAUAUGUGAACCUUGAGGAUGCUGAGAAAGAUCUGUUGUUGAUGGUCAAGAAUGCCCAUGCCUUCAAUGAGCCAGGCUCUCAAGUAUAUAAGGUUUGCCUACCUUUAGUUAGUUAUUUUAUAAGCCACAUAUCAAACUAGGAAAAGUACUCUUCAAAGGCAUAAUUAUCAGAUGCAAAACAUCAGUGAUUUUGGUCCUAAUUGGGACAUAAUGAUACAUUUAAGACAAGUGCGGGCUUGUCAACUAAAAAAAAGACUAUUAUAAAAAAUUUUCUUCACAGAUGUAUUGUUAUAAGUCAGAGAAAGAAAGUCACAAUUUAUUAAACAACACGAUUUCUUUCCUCAUUUCUGCUUUGGGAAAGCUUGCAAUAUGAGUCAUUUCUUUGGUGAAUGUGUUGUCAUGUUCAGAGCUUAAAAAGCAAAUCUGUUUUGAUGCAGGAUGCCACUGCAAUUAAGAAAGCAAUACAGACAAAGAAGGCAGAAAUUGAUCACACACUGAUGGGCGCCAAGUCAAGCAAGAGAUUAAAGUAAUCUUAACUAGUUACUUAUUAAUUAGGAUUAGUUUUAUGUCAAUCAUUGUUCCCUGUCAUCUUGUAGACAAAAAUAAUUCAUUUCAAUAAUGUUAUUUUAAUUUGGAUGAACUGGAUUGAUCUAUCUUCCUUAUUUUGCUGUUCUGAGCUUUUGGAGACAAUGAAUUUUGACUCUGCUUAAUGAAGUUAAACAGUACAAGCUAAAUCCCUCUGAUGUAGAUAACUGAAUAUAAAUCGAAGUGCUUUUGUUAAACUGGAGAGAGCCAGUGAAUUACCUAGGGGAGAGAAACAGAAGCCUCUUUGCAAUUUUUUUUUUGUAACAAGAGUGUGAAUGAGAAGCAGGGCAGUACUGGCUCAAAGGAGCAGAAUGGGGGCAGGGAAGGGGUUGUGGAAAAACAAAGAGUUUCCUACAAAUUCAAGCCAAAAGAUUCAUUUUAUGCAUAGGAGAUCCAUGGUUUCCUUAAAUCUCUGUUGUCAUGACUUAGUGUGAGUUGAUUGAAAUAUAGUACUGAACUUAUUGAUCAUUGUGCAAUAAUUAGAGCACGGAGGAGCACUGGUAAAAUAAACACUUCAGUAGUAGCAUUCCUUGAGGAGACAGAAGAUGGUUUGGAAGAAAGGGCUGAAGUGCCUGAGGAAGAAGAACACCACACAGAAGACAGUUUACAUGGUUAGUUAACAUUCAUUUUGUGUGGAAGAAAUCCCACCUAAGCUGUCCUCAACUUCAAUUUUGACAAACUUAUGGCCCACACUCUGGAAAUGCAAAGAUUAUACAUGAUUCAUUGUUGCAUUAAAAUUCACAAGGCAAGCAGGUGGACAAUCAGACAUGAUUUGAUUCUUCUCUGGCUUAAAGAUUUAAUGAAUAUAACCAAGAAGUUACAAUUCAUAGACCAAACAUUUCAAUGCCCCUGUCUGGUGCCUUCAUUAAGGGUGAUCUAAUUGCUGUAACAAGAGGUCCUUGUAUAUUAUGCUCAUUAAUUAGUCUGAAGAAAGGGCAGUUAAUCAGUGAGCAUAUCAAAGGACCUCUUGUAGCAGCAAUUAGAUCACCCCUAAUGAAGGCAUUAAACAGGAGUGUCAAAUAAUGGGUCUAUGAAUUGUAACUUCACUGUCACAUUCAUUAAAUCUUUAAACCAGUGUAGCAUCAAACCAUGUCUGAUUCAUUGUUGUUUGAAAAUUAAUUUUGAGGUGAUGAUCACUAUUCAUUAAUUUGUCAGAGGUACAGAAUUUGUAGUUUGGGAUUAUAUAUUUAAGUGCUAUUUUUUUCUUUUGCCAGGUGAUGAAGAUGGUAGUGGAGAUCAAGACUCAGACAACCCACUUAUGAUGCUUUUUUCUGAGGUUUAUCGUUUCACUGACCCAACUGGCCGUACUCUCUCAGAGCCUUUCCUCAGGCUGCCAUCCAGAAGGUUUGUGUUUCUUAUUGUUUGAUUAUUUUUUGAUGACUGUUAUUUUAAUUAACAGGUUUUAAAAUUCAUGUCACUUUGUGAAAAUAUGAAACAAUUUCAUUUUGUAACUUUUUCAUUUACCACAGAGCUUACCCUGAUUAUUAUGAAGUAAUCACACAGCCUAUUGCUUUGUCAAAGAUCAGAUCUCAAAUAAAGGUGAGGUACUAAGGAAACAAUUUGGUCUUAAAUUUUUCUCAAGUAGAAAAUAAUGGAUGACUAUGUUAGUAAUUUUUCUAAAAGUGUAUGUUUUGCCAUUAUAAAUAAAUUGCUUUUGGUUGAUUCACUUGUAGACUGGUCAAUAUGAAAACAUGGAGGACUUGGAAAAAGACAUGGACUUGUGUUUUCAGAAUGCACAAACAUACAAUGAGUCCAGUUCAAUGCUUUAUAAGGUACAUACUUUAUAGAUUGAAAUAAUGUGCCUAUGUAAAAAAACUUAAUGGGAACUUCUUGAAAGGAUUUCAUCCCUUUUCAAUGGAGAAAAUGUUGUAUUUAUGUGUUACUUUGUCAUAUCAGUCUGACCUCUUCAUUCAAGGAUUUCCAAUUAAAAAGUUUGAAUCUAAACCAAGUUAUAAUUGAGGAGCUAUGUCCAUUACUAGUUAUGUGUUAGUAAGAGUGAAAUUGCUUUCAAUUGGAAACCAUUCAAAUACUCUUGUAACAGGAUGCUCAAAGGAUGCAAGAACACAUGAAAAAGAAGAAGGUUGAGAUUUUGAAAUUUAUGGAAGAGAAGGGAAUCAGUUUGGAAGAUUACAAGGUAAUUACAUCAGAUUUAUGAUAUUAUGAUGAUUUAUCUUUUUUUUUACUGUUUGACGCAUACAUUAAUCAACUGAGUUCUCCUUGAGUAGGAGCACUGCUAAAUUUGACUGUCAGUUGUUUGCUCCACUGAAACUGCAACAGAAAAUGUUGUUCUGAUGCAUGUCAAGGUAGUUACUCCCAGACAAGGUUAUUGUAGGAAAGAAACUUGUUAUGGAGUUUGUGUGAACUCAAGUUGAUGAAAUCAUUGGGGCACACCCAAUUAAACAUUUACUGUCAUUGUUAACCUGCACUGGCCAUCUUAAGUUAAAUAUUAAAGAAGUUUGUAUUUAAGCAUUAAAUCACAGGGUUCUUGUCAUUAACAACUUUACAACUCUAGGUGGGAUGUCAAGAAAAGAGGGUAAAACCUUAUUACAAUGUUCUUUAGUUGUCUCUAACAUACCAAGUGUGGAAGAUGCUUCCACAGUAAAUGUUAUACUUUUUUCUUUCUUUUUAGUUUUACCUCUUUUUGCUUGACUUUAAAUGGUAAAUACAAAUAAAGCCAGAGGUCAGUACAUGUGUUUUUAUCUCAAAACUUUUUCGCUAUGUCCAGAAAAAGAAGAAGGCCAAGAAAUUGGAACCUGAGUUAGCAACAAUAGCAACAACAACAACAGCGACAGUGACAGCAACACCAGCAAAAGAGGUUACUGCUGGAGUAGUGAUUGAGAGGAAACCAAAGACAGAGAUUAGAAAACCCAAGAAAACCAAACGUGUUGAAGAGGUUGACCCUAUUUUGUUGAGAAAAAGAAUGCGUCAGCUAUACAAGGCUGUGGUGAAUUACCAGGUUAGUGUCAGAUGUCAGAGAGUGAAGGUUCCAAUGACUGAUGGCACAGGCAUGGGAAACAUUUGAACAAGUACCAGUAAUUUGAUUUUUUUAAAAUAGAUUGUGUAUAAUUUCUGCAAAUUUGGUUUUUGGUUUUGGCUAGUCAUGGUGGUCAAUGUGCGAGUAAUGACAGAAGUAUUUAAGUAAUAUUUAAUUGAUAAUGUCUUGCUUGCCAGCUUGCUUUCCAGUUAGUGAAGAUGUGUGUCUCUCUUUGGAUUCCCCUUUAGGAUGAGAAUGGAAGAUACCUUUCAGCAAUAUUUGUGGAACUUCCUUCAGCACAGGUCUGACAUUAUCAAAAUACAUCUUUUAAGCAUUUUGAUUCUGUGGCAUCCAUUUCCAUUUUAUGUCUAACACACAAUGCAGGCUUUUGCUAUUAGCUAAAAUAAUUUGAAUCACCAGGAUUAUCCAGACUACUAUCAAGUCAUAUCUGAACCAGUGUGCUUGAGCCAGAUUGAGAACAACAUCAGAGACAGCAAAGUGAGUGUGGAGUUUUUCAUCAUGCGCUUGUCUUGUCAUCUACCUUGAACCUAAGUUUGAUAUACAGACUUUGCAACAUCUUAGAUUUUUUUUGCAACAAAUAAAUGAAAGAAUGUUAGUGAUGGAAUAAGUUCUCAACAAGAAUGUAAAGCCAUUGCAUUCCAUAGGUUUGACAUUAUCAUCUGAAGAUACGUUUGUUAAAUAUUGUGAUUCUGGGGCAUCCAUUUUCACUUGAGGUUUAACACCGUUAGCAUUCCUGAGUCAUACAUGUCCUGUCUUGCUUCUCUUGUAUGUGAAUGUCAGUUUGAAAUGUCACUAUAAAACUUUGUGUAUAUGUGCAUGUAGACAUUAACACAAAAAUGAAUUAGAUUUCUGAUUUACAUGGGUUAUUUACCUUGGAAUUGACUCAAUAUAUAUAAUCAUCAUUAAAAUUGUUGAUGCUGAUUAAUAUUCUUUGUGCCAACUGUGUUACUCUAGUAUUCUGGGGAAGAAGAACUGAUGCUUGACUUUGAAGUUAUGUUUGACAAUGCACGUUAUUACAAUGAGGAGGAUUCCCAAGUGUAUCAGGUACACAUGUGUCUUUCAUAAGACAUUUAUGAUCUUUUAAAGUUUUAAGAUGAGGGAGAGGAGAUGCAAAAUUAAUGAAGUUUAACCAUUAUCAUUAUUGUUUAUCACUCUUUCAUUGUAGAAUAAUAAGCUAAACAUUGCUCUUUAAUCACUUUGUAAAUUGCAUUAUAACAGUUUAAACAUUUCUAUGGGACCACUGAAGAGCUCAAGAGAUUUAACCUAAAAAAGACCAGGUGUGAAAUUGAAAAUUGACGAGGAAGGCUUCCACUAUUUCUUUUACCAGAUUCCCUUAUAUCUUUUAACAUGUAGAACCAGUACUGGAAAUCAAAGGGCUUGGAGAUCAGAAUAACAAUUUCUAGUCCUGGAUUCUAUAACCUCCACACUUAAAUUAUAAAUCCUUAUGUUUGUUCUAAAAACUGUUAGUGAAAAUGUGGCUGCAUUUCAGCAGACAAGCAGCACAUCUAAGAUUUCUUUUUCUCAAACUCUUAUGGAAACCCUGACCUGUUGAACAGACAGAGACCAGAAGGAACAUUGAAGCUCUUAUCAAAUUUUUAAAAAACAAACAAGAAAACAAACAAGAUGAUCAACUUCUGGACUAUUGGUCUGUGAUGGGUUGACUGUGAGGUUUAACAUGGUUAUUUUGAUUUUGACAUUUUGAUUUUUUUAUGUUGUUUUUUGAAAGGAUGCCUGCACUUUAGAAAAAGUGCUUAGAAAAAAGAAGAAAUCACUUGGUCCCCUUCAGCAAGGUAAAUUGUUUGGUUUUUAUAGACUUUUUUUCAGUAAAGCACUUCGAUGAUGAUGAUAAUGAUGUUUUUUUAACAACUGCUCCUGUAUCCAUGAGAUGUACUGAUGCUAUGAUUGUCUUUAAGCAUCACAAUAUAAUGUGCUACAUUUUGGGUGCAAAGUAUUUCACUCUCAUUUGUAGCCUUAUAUGAUACAAACUACAUUUUACCUUUUUCAACCAAUGCUUAUUAUUCCAAUUGCACCCACACUAUCCUUUAAAAGAUGUGGGUGAAGACUCUUAGAUCCCUGGUUGGAAUUCACCCUGGUGGUAGCAUUUGUACUUUUGUUGCUAAUGAAUUGUGCCUGGGAAGCUUGAUAGUAACCUCAAUUUAUGUGGGCAAUUCUGUAAUUUUAAAUGCCAUGUACCAAUGGUUAACCCUAAUGAAAAUCACAUCAAAUCAUUUUGCUAUCCUCUAAAAUGAUUGAUGUUAGCAUGAUUGUGUUGUAACCCUCAGCUUUUCCUUAUUGAUGCCUUUUCAAAUACCCAUUUGACUUUCUCUUGAUAUGAAAGCUCCUUCUCAAGCUGCUGAACCACAUGCUGGGACAUCUCAAGCAACACCAGUUAAGCAGGCAACACCCACCAAGUCUGGGAGAAUAUCGUAAGUUAAGAAAUCAAUCUUUUCUGAGAAGCUUAUUAAUUGAUAGCCUUUAUUUUAUUAAUUAAGUUAAAGUGGUGGAUGUAAAAUUCCCCUUUACCUUGCAGGACAUUUCAACCCUUCCCUUUUAGCUUCUACAGUUUCCACCUUGUUCUAUGGUUUCCAGCCUGCCUGUUGUCUUUUUUUCCCACCUUUUGGGCCUCUAGAUACUAUUUUGACUUCCUCCUCUUGUUAACUCUUAUGUAAGAUGUGUAAAGUCAUUUGUAUUCUGUGUUGUGUCUUAUGAAGUUUUGUCCAUUUUAUACUAGAGAAAAAGUUUAUUUCUAAUUCAUGUGUAAAUUAUGAUCUUGAUCCUCCUUUGUUUACUCCAAGAUACAGGGGAUUACCUUCGGUGUAUUCCUGUCAUGACUUGUAAAAGACUGUUUUACAAUGUAAUUUGUUUUUAUUAGCUGAAUUGAUAAAAUAAAUGCAAAUUGGCUACUGCAAAAGAGUUUUUGAAGGUGACAUUCCAAGUGUUAAUCCUUUUCCAUUCACUCUGAGAAUGGGCUUAUGCUCAAAAUGUUCAUAUUAAGAAACUCUUCUCAGGGACCAAGUUACAUUAUCAAAUCAGUUGAUAAAACCAAAACUUAAUUAUCUUGUUAUACCCCCACUAAUGCAGCACCACAGUUUCUUUGAACCCUUUAUUCUUUUGUUGUUUACAAGUACCUGUUAUGGUUACCUCAGUGGAAGGGAUAGUUUACCAUUGGCAAAAUAAGAAAUUUCCUUUUAUAAUACCAACAUUAGAAAAUGAUUGUUUUGACUGAAAUAUAUAUUUUUUUGGUGUUUCUACAGAUCUUCACCUGGUGCAGCCAAAAAGUACAGUCAGGUGCCUUCUGCUACCAAUGAAUUGAAGGAAUUGUGUCGGGAAUUGUUUAAUGCUGUUAAAGACUGCACUGUAAGAACUUAAGAAUUUGGAGAGUUUAUUGAGUACAUUGAUCAGUUUAUUAAUGAGACUUUGACUGUUACUUUUAGGUAGUUGAUAUGGUGUUUAUUAAGUGUUAUUAAGAUGUUAUCAUUAAGAUGAUAACAUCUUUUCAAGUCCUGUAGCUGUUUCUGCACAAAACUUUUCAUUUCUACUUUUUUAAAGCUUUUUACAUAAGAUAAAAAGCUCAAGAGGGAUUAGUGUUCUUCAAAUCAUCAGCAUUUUUAAAACUCAUCCAGAAGUGUUAAGUAAUCAUCAUCAAAGCUGAGUAUUUAUUUCAAUAAAACCAUAGAAGGUAUAGCUGAUCAGGAAGGCUGUGGUAAUGUGCAGGCAUGUUGAAAAAGUUUCCUCCAAUAGUUGCUAAUGUUAAAAAUCACUUUCCAACCAGUGACUGGAACCUGCAAGGACUCUGAAAGAGAAAGAGGGGACUGUGUCAACCCAUAACUGUGUCUGCACUUUCUAGGGAAAGCUGAAUUUGAAAAGGACAGCUUUAUUAUCAUUAUUAUCAAUAUUAUUAUUAUUAUCAUCAUUAUUAUUAUUAUUAUUAUUAUUGGCCUGAUUCUAAAAUGGAAUGAAAAUGUUUGCUUGGGGACUCGCUGGCUUUCACUCUUGCGAUUAUGACAUUUCAUGGGUUGAAGAUUCAUGACAGAAUAUUUUGCACAAUGUGGUAAAGGCUCAUAUUUUUGCUUUACUGUAUACAGGACAGGCAUGGAAGACAACUUUGUCUCAUCUUUCAAAAGUUGCCAUCAAGAACAGUAAGUGCAUUUUUUUGGUAUUUCUUGUUGCAUAUUCAAAAUUGAUGAUAGCAACUAGUGAAUCUGCAAGAACUUAUGACUAGUAACUGUUAAAGUUAGGGAAGAUUACUUGGCCACAUAAACAUUUUGUUGGUUUUAUCUAAAAAAUUAGUAAUAUUCUGUGAUGUAAAGAAACAAAUUGUUGCAGUUUAGGAUGACUGAAACUUGUGCUGGGAACUUGUGUCUGUGAAUUCUGUUCAUGCAUUAUGAUAAUAAACAGGACCUCUAAAUAUAUUUUUAUUUUAUAUUUUUACUUAAAUAUUUGAGUGAUACCAUUGUUUAAAGUUAAGCAAAAUUUAACCAAAUUGUUGAUAGUCCUUAACAUAAGAUACCUAUUGCAUAAAAGCAAUGACACAAUAACACCACUUGAAGUCAUGGAUUUUGUGAAUAAAGGAAAAUUCACAAAAACUGCAAAAAUUAAAACCUACACAAUUCUUAUGCCACAUAUUAUGGUAUAUGAGUGAUAAACUAAAUUUGGGAAAAUUUUUGUGCAGUAUAACUUCUUCAUGAGCUAACCAUCAAUAUUCCACCCUCUUUCCAAGACCAAAGAAUAGAUAUUAGCUUAGAAGUAAUCAAACUGAUGAGAUGUUUAUGUGUUAUGGUACUGAUGAAAGUAGUGGACUAAGUAUACCUGAGUACCCUUGAUGACCUUUUUUUUUUUUUAAUAUUUCCAAGAUUUUGGAAUAUAUACUAUGAGAGUCAUGGCUAUAACUGAUUUAAAAAUAAGUCUGAGGUAAAGUUUGAAGUUCCAUUCCAGUCUGCUUUGGUUUUUAUUUUGACAGGAAUAUCCAGACUACUACACAUUGAUAAAAAAGCCAAUAGACAUGGCUAAGAUCAACUCCAAACUUUAUGGGGAUCAAUAUCAUACUCUGGAUGACUUCCUAUCAGAUUUUCAGCUUAUGUUUGACAAUGCUUGUCGCUACAAUGAACCUGACUCUCAGGUCUACAAGGUAGGUAGUUCACUCAAAUAAGUUUUGUACUACACUCAUUGUAAGAUUUCACGAGUUUUCAGUUCAAAAUAAAAUGCUUUAAUCUCUUUUUGGUCAAGAUAUCAAAAAUGAUGUUGAUCUGAAUUGUUUUUUGGCUUCAGAUUUAAUUAUGAAUACUAGAAAGUUGAGGCUGACAAAAGUUCAAUACCUUAAAAGUGCAACAGAUAGUUCUGAACUCAACACUUAUUUAGAGGGUUAAAAACUGUCAGAAAUUAUUACUCAAGCUUGUGUCAAAUAAUAUGCCUUACAAUCUAAUUUAAAGCCCUAUGACAUGAUUAAUGUUGAAUUUUCUGAAAAUAAGUGCAUGAUUAUGAAGGAAUUAAAAUUCACCAUUUUGUAUGAGAAUUUGAGGGAAACAAACUAAUCUUUUAUUGUCCCUCACAAGGACGCUUUGAGCCUUGCCCGAGAAUUGUUGAGAAAGAAAGUGGAAUUAGUUGGUAAGUGUGUAUCAGAACAUAGUUUUUCACAAAAUGUGUAGCAUUGGUGGGACAAAUGAACUGUUAGUAAUUUUCUUAUUCAUGAAAGUUAAUACAUAAUGUUAAGGUUCUCUCAUGGAGGAUGUGAACAAUGAGGAAGAUUUUUAAAUGGCCUUGAUGCAAAUAUGCAAAAAAGGGCAAAAAUACAUCACACAGAAAUGAAAAAAGGUUACUUUUUUUCACACAAGCUUGGAACAAAGAAAAUAAUCCUGCUGAGAAUGAGAACCCCAGUCCUUGUGUUGUGCAAAGGUUUAUAUAGCUUUUAAUCUGAAAUUAAUUUUGAUAUGACUGAUUUUGACAUUCAUUUUAUGGCAGAUACUGUAACAUGAGACUCUUACUCUAAAGUUCAGUGAAUCUAAAGACAAUAUUCUUCUUUUUUUGUAGAAAUUAAAGGCAUUUUUUGAUUUCUAAUAUUUACUCUACUUGUAUGUCUAGGGGAUGAGAGUAAAGUACCUAACAUGCAAGAUGUUGUUCGCAAACUUUUGAAUGCUUUGCAUCAAGCUGUGAUGACUCAUGUGGUAAGAUUGUCUUCUUUAAUCUUUGUGUACCACUCAGCUCCCCAUUCCAUAUUUGCAUGCUUCUACAGACAUUUUAAGUUUUGUUAAAGAAUUUUUUGCAGUUUUGACGGUUUCUGUACAAAUUUGUAUAUUUGCUUUCAGGAUGACGAAGGACGCUGUUUUAGCGAUUCUCUGGCAGACUUUUCUAUACUUCAACAAGAUAAGUAAGUUGAUUGGUAGUCCUUCGGCAACUCAACAGUUGCUGAUGAACAGAUCGUUUAUUCAUUUUGAUGAAUCAAGUUGUUUGUUUUGGCUCUAACUGGUGUAUGUACAAUGUUUGCCUAACUUGAUAUGGAAAUACAAGCAAGUCUAUGUUACAUCAUAGACCUAGUUUUUUUGGGGGGACAUAUGGUUUUACCCUGUGUAAAACUUGUGAGACAGGAUUGCUUGUAGAAUUUACUAGAAAACUAUUAAAUGACAGAAAAUGGUUAGUCUCAUUGUUGCAAUUGAUGUUAUCUCAAUCCUAUCGCAGAAGACGUUUAUCCCUGUCAAGCAUUGGAGAAGCCCUCAGAAAGGUAUUACAAGUAUUUAUUUUCAGGGGAAGUGCUCUAUAAUAUCUAGAUUUAGCCUAGCCUAAAAGCGGAGCUCGUAUUUUUUUCCCCGCACGUCUUAAGGGCACAACGCCUUGCCCUGGUCAGGACUAGAACCCGGGUCGUCCGACUCGGAGCUCAGUGCACUGACCACUAGACUACUGGACAAAGCCGUGGCGUUGGUGUGUCCGCGGUACAGUUGACCACGCAUGUUAAAAGUAGCAUCUUGUACGGUCGGUCGUACGGUCGUACGGUCGUACGGUCGUAAGUCCAAAUUUUUUCGGCUUGAUGGGUUACUACUAUUUUGUAUAAUUAUGGGGCUACGCUCUGCGAGCUCCGCUAUUAUUUUACACUUGAGUUCGUGUUCAUGUUGAAGAAAUCUAUCAAGUUCAUAGGGUUAACUGAUGUGCUGUUCAACAGGAGCAGUACCAAAUAUUUUAACAUCAUUUUUUACCAUUGCUGCUGAUUACAUCUUCAUUGGUUCAAACAUACUUUAACCCUUUACACUCUAACAUCAGUAUUCAUAUUCUCCCUACUGUUCUCUGUACAUUUACUAAGGUGCUGACAAGGAGAAUUUGUCUAACAAUCAAGAGUUUCCUUAGUUGGUGAUCAUUUCCUUUAUUCUCAUGACAUUAUUAUCUGAUUCAGUGGUGAUAUUGUAGGAGAAAUUAGAUGUUAGUCACUCUUAGGGGUUAAAGGGUUAUUGAUGUUGAAAUGUUCUCUUUGUCUUAGGGACAGUACCACAGAUUGGACAGAUAUCAAGAGGAUGUUUUUGCAAUCUUGGAAAAGGCUAGGGAGGUGUUUCGUUCAGAUACUGAGGUGCUGUAUUUUAACUCCUAUUUUUGUGUGUAGAAUUACGUUUUCACAAAUUUUCUGAAGUAUUGUAAUCAGAUGGUGUAAUCACACAGAAUGGUGUUAUCACACACCUGUUAUUGGACAGUUACCCAUCAAAACGCAACUGUGAUCAAACAGUUCCAGUCAUGCUAGUCAUGCUGAAUACACAGUAUCGAAUCCACCAAUUACAGAAUUGACCUACAUUAACCAUAUCAAAGACGAACCUAGGGCAGCUUUUAAAACAAUCACAUAAGGGUAAUGUAGAAGAAACUGAGUGGAGCGUACUUAGUUUUUGUUUGAAAUAUUUUGACUGUAAUCGCUCAGCCUUCACUAGUCUGUUAGAGUGGGUUGUUGCACAGCAUAAAACUGUAUAACCACCUGCUCAAGAUGGCCCUCCAGCGACAGUGUGAAAUAAAAAUUUUUGCUUCAUAAAUAUAUAUGUAUACAUCCAUUUUCAAAAACGUUGCAAUUUGAAAAAUAUGUGAAAUAUAGACACCUUUUGUUUUCUCUUUUUGAUGAGAAAACAAAAGGUUUAUAUAUUCAUGUAUAAUUUAUAUUCAAAUUGCAACGUUUUUGAAAAUGGGUGUGUAUAUAAAUAUAUAUAUAUAUAUAUAUAGUUCUGUUGUGAUAACUCAUAUCAAUCGUGAUUUUGUUUUUUCUAGAUGUAUGAUGAUGCAGUAGAACUACAGCAGUUUUUUGUGACUCAGAGAGAUAGGCUGUGUAAAGAUGGAGAGAGGUUUGUUUCCCCAGCCCUUGUCUUUAUUAAAAGGCACCUACUCCAAGAUCUGGACGAGGAGAGAAAAUCAAAAGCUGACGCGGAAGGCAAAGAAGAUGAAAAGCAAAGAGAGCUUGAAAAAGGAGAAGGGAAACAAAAGUCUCAAGUAAGUACGAGAUACUUAGGAUUAGGGUUACUUACCCAAAGGAAACAAUUCUAUUGAUAGGAACUCAAAUAACCGUAACCAGAUUUUAUUACUGGCACUAUUUAAAAUGACGUGAGGAUUGUUUCUCUGUCAGUCAUCAAGACGAACUCGCUAGACUGCCCUUCAAGUCAUUUGGGUAUUUAUAGCUUAGAGCGACUUGGAGUGUUGCUACUCCAAAUGGAUGGAGUGUUACUCCUUCCCACGUUGCACCAGCAGUAAGUCAAGUUUCCCUGAAAAUUUGCUGGUACCUUUUCAUACUUUGUGCAGAAGAUAGCUCCAAAUCCUGGCAAUUAGGCUUCUAUGUCUCUCAUUAUGUUAAUGUAUUUUAUUCAAAUACUCUCACUCAAAUGUGAAAAAAUACGAGCGAAAAAGUGUUUAACCCUUUACACCCUAACAUUAGCAUUCAUUUGCUCCUCACAGAGAAUUUCCUCAAAGGAGGAAUUAAUUGCAUCGGAUAAUAAUUCUCCUUUAUUUUCCCAACUUUUUUAUUUCAGAAAAUUGGAAUUACAAGCCUUUCCUAGAGAGCUGCGUUUGUCUUAUAGGAAAUUGUAAUGAUUAUAUUAAGUUGGCAAUAGGAUAUGGUGCCCUCCUAUUCUGUUUUUGAUCCUACCCAUGAUAAAAAGAAAUGACUCCGGCGUCGCGUUCGUCUGAUUUGUACAGUCACUAGUAUGACUGCUCACUUCGUUAAACUUUCUUCAAUCCUAUCAUCACAAGAUAUAAGAUGUCUAAUGACAACUGAUGACACACAAGUCUUCUUUGUAUUGAAUAAAAAUCGCCUCUUUCUACAGGUUCCAGUAAGCGAUGAAGCAUGUGAACAGGAGAUGUCCUACAAAGACAUAAAAAUUCGUGUUGGAGACUUUGUAUUCCUUGAACCAAGGUGAAUUACCUGCCAGAUAUGAACUCCAAAAAAAGAACGAAAUUCCCUAACUUGAUCGUUUACCACCUUGCUGAUUUGAGCACCAUUAGGACAGUUUACGCGUCAUGCUUGCAAAUUGUACAUGGACGUGGUACAUGCCUUAGGACAAUUUGUGCGAUGUGCUUAAUGUGAAUUAUCGAACGAUAGGCAUUCAUUUCCCUUGGAGAAAAGGUAGCUGUUAUGCUUUCAUUACAGCAGUUUAUACAACAGAAUUGUGUAAAUCAGAAGGAACGGGUAAUUUCAAUGUUUUCCUUUCACUUUUCAGGGAAGAAGACCUUCAGCCACAUAUUGUGUCUGUUGAAAAGCUUUACAAAGAUAGUUAUGGAGAACAGGUGAGAAAGCGCUGCCGCAGUUUUUUCUAGUAAACUAACAGCACCAAUGGUAAAUCACGUAAUUUUCGGAAGGUUAUAUCACUUUUUGGAAUCUAAAACUGCGUUAAGUGGUUCAUUUUGGUAUAUCUUCAUUUUUAUGGAAUAAAUAAAAAUUAUAUGGUUUGUUGAGCAAGCUCCCCCUCAAAACAUUGCUUUGGUGGGCGUUUCCCCCAGAGUAAUGUUAAAGUGGGCCAAAGGUUCGGGUGUUCUAGUGACCGCAUCUUGUACAAGCAGGAGACACAACGAUAUUUUCCUUAGUAAGCAGUGUCCAUGGAGAGAAAGCUAACAGACUUGAAAAGUUCCGCGGAGGCGAGAAAAGAGGAUCAUUAAGUAACUUGGGCAACCUUACCGUUUGUCCGCACACAGCCAUUCCAACAUGCAAAUUAAAAACAGCACGUCCUGCCUUUAAUCUUGUAUGUGUGCGGAAUCAUAGAGUUAAAAAUCAGUGGUUGCAGACAGUGGCCUUCAUGGACCUCUGAUGGUUUGUUCCUUAUCCUUGUGAAAAGCGAAGUUUAGGUCUAUUAUAAUUUGAAAAUUAAUCACUUUCUUUCCACAAGUGGCUGUAUGGAAGUUGGUUUUAUCGACCUGAGGAAACGUUUCACGCAGCUACGAGGAAAUUCUUAGAAAAGGUAAUUUACACAGUCCUGUGAAUGUAGUUUCUAUUGGUACAUGUUGUUCACCUUUGUACCUUUACUUUUUAACUAAGUACAAAGAACGUGUAUCGGUGAAUUCAACACUUCCUAAUUGUAUUAAUCAAAGGUUUGAUUAGUUAAACCUGGAUUACUGCAUUAGUAAAAGAAAACCUUCCGUGUUAACAAGUGGGAAGAUGGUCUACAGGGCUGCACUAUUCGCAGCAUGCAAUGGCAGAAAACUGUCUCUGAUUACGGCAAAACCCUGAAGUGCAAACUUGUCCCUUGCAGGAAGUUUUCAAAAGUGAUUACAGUGAAUGCUCAAACUUGAAGCAAGUUCUGGGAAAAUGUUAUGUCAUGUUCGUUAAGGACUUCUUCAAGCAGAAGCCUGAGGUAAGGUAUUUUAUUACGUGCCAUGAUGGUGUAACGCCCUUGUACAGGAACUAUCUCCUUCAUCUUCCUCAAAUGCUCUUCAAUUGUAUUUUGGAGACUUGCACUGUAGCAGUGCUUGUAUGUUUCUUUCUAGUAUAAUCGAGCAACAGAUCGAACUUUCUUCUGGUUAACCGCCUUAUUGACGUUCUUGAGAUGCUGAGAGAAAAAGGAAUUUAGUUAGAUCGAAAGAUGAUUUUCCGCCUUUUCACGAACUUGGUUAAUGGAAGAAAUUAAUAAAUUUGAGGAUACGAGCUGAAAACAGGCAUCUAUUGCUAUAUUUUGGCGUCCUGUUGUUGGUAAAUUUGGAUCCUCAUUAUUAUUCCGACUGGUGCAUGUUAUUCCUCAUUGGUUUUGUUGGAGACCAGCUGUAAUUCAUUUGGUUUGUUGAUAAGCAUGUUUUAAGAAAUUUUGAUUCCGCUGUCGCUACUAGUAUUAUUAGCAUGAAUUUUUUUUAUUAGCAUUUUUUUCUCACAUAGCAUUAUGUAGACGGCACCGUGCCAUUUGGCCACUUCAAUUGGGUCUGCAGGUUUCGCUAAGGGACUGGUCAUUACUCAUCACCUAUUUGUGUUGCGAUAGAAUUUACCCGAUCCCUCUAUAAGGUUCUCUAAUAUUCUUAUGAUCCCCCUCUCAUAGGCAGUCAAUUUUCUGAUGUCCCCUCUUUAACACUGUUGGCAACGACUGAUCCCCUUCCAUUCCCCUGAAAACCAUGUGAUUCCUCGGCCCCUCCCCCGUGGGGGUAAGUAGUGGGUGGCCCCUAAGUGUAAAAUUACCAUUGUAUCUGAUUUGAAAACAUUUACCAAGCCUUGCUCUCUUCUUCUUGGAAGAACCUGUGAUACACCUUUAUCACAAUCUCCUGAACUCUUUUGCAGAAUUUCAAGGAUGAGGAUGUUUUUGUUUGUGAAUCAAGAUACAAUGUCAAGACGAAGUCGUUUAAAAAGAUAAAGGUACAUUUCCUUGGUAGAAAGAGGCUUUACUUGUUGUUUUGAAUUUGAUAGACUGUGACUGAGUAUAUAUUUAUUGUAGUGAAAAUCUACAAAUAAGCUCUGGAGCUCAUUUUAAAACUUUUGCCAGGCCGACUUUGUUUCGUGCGCAUCGUAGUUAUUCCAAUACAGUCACGCCUGUUCAAGUAAUGACUGAGUCAACUGUCGUCAUAACACUGCACAACACAUACUGCAAUAGGCGUAACACUAUGCACUGAUUUCCGGUUAAUACACAUCACUUCCUCUGAAAACGUGAUGACGUAGCUUGUUGAUAAUCUGAGUCUUUGCUGAACAUUCGCUGACCAGCUCAAUCGCAUUUGAUUUACCAUGAAGUAAGAGUGGAGCCUUUACCGACAAGCUCAAUCGCAUUUGAUUGUAAUCCUGUGAUAGGUGUGGUCUUUACCUCCAUCAAAAGUCAGUCAUGUCGCAAGAGAGGAACCUCUCCACCCGAGACGUGUUCCAUCUGUUUUUGUCAACAAAACAGGCAACACUGCGCAACCAAUGGAAAUUGAUUCAGAAGAAGCACCUGUCCAAGAUGCGAAAAAGGUAAGGAAACUAACCACUGCACUCAGUAAUUUGUUUUUGGAUCAUUCAUUUUAAUGCUCACUGUAAUAGCAUAACUCCCACCAUUCUUGGUUACAUGAAAUGAAACAGACACGUACACCAAAUAACUUACAUUUGCGAUCACAAAUAACAAAAGUAGUCGUAUAAAUCGCAGGCUAAUGUUCCUGUGGUCGCAAAACUCUUUGAUAACGAGUGAAUGGUUCCUUUAAAAAGAUUCAACUGAAGGAAUAGUAGAACACUAAAAGCAAAACAUGAUUACGCCUGCCUUGUAAGUUGAAAUGCGAUUAAUUGUAAAAUGUGUUUUUCAGAAUGUGGUUUUGGAGUCUCCUCAAAAUGCGGAGGAAGGCUCUAUUUAUUAUGAACAGUUCUGUGUGAGAGACUCUCCCUUCAAGCUUGGUAAGCAGUCACAUUAUUUACUAUUGGGCAACCUUGCCUCGCUCAGGUUUUCUCAGUAUUGUAAUAUUAGGUAUGUGUAUGUGCGAGAAAGAAUUAUUGACCUGAAACUUAAAAGUGUUGUGUAUUUUUAAAUUAUAAUGUGAAUAACUGCAGAAGGGACUGAAUCAAGACUUAACUUGAAGUACUGCAAUUUAACCGUUAUUACUGUUUACAGGAGACUGUGUCUAUGUCAGGUCAGAUGAGGGAUUUCUGUGCAUGUCCAGAAUUGAUAAGUUGUGGACAGACAGAAGGUAAGAAAUAAAACACAUACAGGGAAAAUGUUGCUUUGGGUAUUGUGGCUAAACAAUUCAUUGUUCGUCAUUUGUCUAAGGUUUUUAAAUUAUUUUUCCCGAUCUGGAUGUGACCAAGUUACUGAUAGUUGGUUUGGCUUAUCCUUCAAUUCUUUUUCUUUUUUUUCUUCAACAAAGUUUGAAGUCUCAUCUUAAAUCUAAGUCGAAGUUUAAGGCGGCUGUGCCUUAAAGCGAAAUCUGAACAAAAGAGCCUGCCCAUAAGCUAAACAGACAGCGGUAAGAGGUUUUACAGGCGGCGAUAGAGCGGAGAUAACCAGCUUUUACUGAAACACCCGCUCUCGUUAUUAUUUCAUUCUUACUUCAACUGAAUACUUUGUUUCUGUACCAUAGUGGACAUGCAUGGUUUCACGGGCCUUGGUUUAUUACACCUGCUAGUACACAGCAUCUACCCACCAGGAUGUUUUAUGAAAAGGAAGUGUUCCUUAGCUCACUAGAAGAAACCUUGCCUACUGGCGCCAUUGCAGGAAAAUGCUGCGUGCUGCCAUUCAGGGAAUACGUCAGAUGUAAGAUCAUGCUACUGUUUAUUAUCAGGAGAUUUUGUUCUUACACACCGUAAUGAGUCAGUCAUUUAGAAACUCAUUGUAGAGAGAUUGCCUUUUUAAUGUUCUCAUAGAUUCUGUAUUUUGUACUCAAGCGCUACAUUUUGUCUUAAGAAAAUAUUUUUUUCGCCUUAUAAGAAGAGGGUUGAAUUUGAUAUCUAACUGAGAAAGCUUUUACUUAAACCAGGGUUCUUUGUCAUGCUGAUGAACAUUUUUCCUCUUAACGAAGACUUUCGUUUCAUCAUUUGUGUGGUCAUGACUGAAUGAUUUUCUGUUUAUUUGGCUUGUUCGGCAACAGGUCGGCCCACAGAAAUUCCAGAAAAAGAUAUUUACCUGAACGAAGCGAGAUAUGAUGAAGAAGAAGGACAAUUCAGAAAACUGAAAGGUCUCAAGGUACACCUAGAUCGUUCGUUUGACGUCCAACAUGAAAAUUAUUAAGGGGAACAAUGAUAAAUGACACUGAUGCGCUUGACAACAUUUCGUGUCCAUCUGUAGUUAAAAGCUUGAUUUUCUCACGGUGCACGUAUGCUCUAACAGUAACCUAAUUUUAUGGUUUACAUGGAUCAUCUGCAAACUGAACUUUUUAACUUCUUACAGCCUCUCUCUUGAACGAAAGGGUGCGCAAAAGUUUAUCAUAGUUCACCUUUUAGAGGAUUUUCUUUUUUCUGAUCGUUUGAAAGCUUGGUAGGCCUUGCAGAGCACUGUUUAUCACUUCAGUGAAAUCAUCAAAAGUUCAAGACCGCGCAACGCCUAGUUCAGCUGGCCAUUUUCAUAUUUAAACGACUCAAUAAUUUCGUACUUUCGUUUGUGCAGUCUGUCUCGCUCUUCGAUUGCAUUCAUUUCUCUGCAUCACAACCAAGAAAAUCACUAAGCAACUUGGUCUGUCGUUUUCCCCGGAAUUUUUAUUUUGCGAAUAAAAUAUUUACUGCAUAAGUAUUUCAAAAUAUUUCGUAAAAAAAAGUCAAGACUUGAUGAAUUACAGAGUACGUCACGAAGUAUGUCAUAAGAAAUGUUCAUGUUUAAUUAUCUUCACGGUUUAGUUUCUUACCUUACUGUUUUAUUUUCCAGCGUUAUACUUUGACUGUCAGUGUGCAAGAGGAUGAAUACUAUUUCUUUGAAAAACCAAUCAGCCCAGUGAAGGUUGGUGAAUGUUGGUGUUAAGUACUUAGACAUACCUGUAAUAGCUCUCUCUUUUCUCCCAAACGUUGUUCAUGCUGUUGUUGUUCAGUGCAUCAAUACUGACUUAGUGAAAGUGGAAUAUCAUAUGUGCACGGUUAUAAGAAGAGUUUUGAGAUGAACUUAGUUUAUGAGCAAACUACAACACCCCUGUGAACUGAGUUGUGUUUUUGUGGUUUUAGGUCCCCUCUCGUCUCUUAAUUGAAGACCUGGAUCUGUUAGAAGAAGAGCGUAGUCAUUCCCCAGCCUUGAAUUUGACAGAGUCGACAGGCGACGGAAGCAAGGUCAGAGCUGUCUUUUUUAUGUUAACUGUAUUCCAUCCAAGGAUUAAAGUUUGUCAUUGGCAUGUAAAUGUCAAGGGAUAUGUCAAGAGUUUUAUUAAUGUCAACGACUGAAGGAGUUAAUUGGAGAAUAUAAACAGACUGACGUUUUUUACAUUGAGGUGAAGUGAUUUACUGGAAUGAAGGAAUUUUUCAAGUAUAAUAAGGUCUAGCGAAGAGUAGGGAGGGUAGGGAUAAAACGUUGACUGCGAUCAUUUCUCAGUAACAACAAACCAUAUCUGCGCAACCCUUUGAAUGGUCCUCAGUGUAACCAAUGGUUCAGAUGCUGGUGUGGUAGUCCUGUGGUAGGGCUAUGGCUCAAACUUCUCCUCCUGUUCUUGUCACUCACUGGAUUUGUUAUUGCCUCUUCAGCAUCAAACUCUACCAUGUUAGUGCACAAAUGAUCAAAAAAGUGUCACUAAAUAAAUAGCAUUCCUUCGUGAGGGUUAUAAAACAAACAAGGCCCGAGACGCACUUCGUAAACAAAUCCAAGUCACACUUAUAUGAAAGGAAUCACUUAAUUCAACCUUUUGGCCUUUUAACAAAACACAGAAAUUGGGAAUAUGUACGAAAAUAUUAUUAUUUUUGAUUUAAAGAAGGUCUUGAUACCUAUUUUUGGGAUAACUUUAGGAUUCUUUUUCUCUUCUAGAAGCCAAAAAAACAGAGAGGUCAGUCUGGUUACCUUUUAUUUUCUCAUGAAAUGAGGUCAAGCAUCAGAAAGGAACACCCAGAGUAUGCAUUUGGUGAGAUCAGUCGCAUCAUUGGAGUGGAGGUAAGUCCUUAAUACGUCACUCUUAGGCUAUCAAUUUUCAAUAUAUUGUAAAAAGAAAGUUUUGUAUAUUUUCUUGAUGAUAGCUUAGCUCUAGUACAACUGUUGUCGAGAAUGUUGUUUAUCAUGGUUCGAUCAGAAUAAGGUUGAUUCGAAUAGACGUGGAAGGGCUAUUUGUCAUGAAUUGUAACCAAAGUCCUCUUAGUUCGCAGUUAUAUUUGCUAAUGUCUUUCCGUUUUUUUCCGAAUAGUGGCGCAAUAUAAGUGCACAGAGGAAAGCUGACUAUGAAGCACGAGCUCAACUGCAGCUUUCCCAGAAUGAAUCUGAGGUGUGUUAAUAAAUGAAGACAAUUUAUUGUACUCGAAAUUGCACCGUGGCGUUUUCUCAAAUGUAGGAAUUGUUGCUAAUUUUGACUUGUUUGUAAGUAACUUAUGAUAAAUAUGUUAGGUUAUCUUUAUUUGCGUCCUUUCUUUGUUUUGUUCAUUCAAUUAGACAAAUAACAUGACGACCAAAUUUGUGAGGUAAUGCAGUUUUUGGGAUGUAGAUAUAUUGAUUUCUCUUUCAAGAACCAAGUCAGUGAAAGUAACGUCAGUAUUAAUGCGACGAUUUGGUUCAGUUGAUGUGGGCUGGAAGUAUAGAUGAUACUCUCUUCCUUGAUUCUGUUUGAUCAUUUACCUGUGCUCUGAUGUUUCUGUCUCGUCAGAGUUCUGUUGACAGUGGACAAACUAUUCCAACUGGCCCUAUUUUCGUGUAUGAGUGUUUAUGGAAAGGUUGUGAUUAUCAGUAUGAGGAUCUUCACGAUAUGAGGAUACAUCUGUUAGACAGCACAUGUCAUCUCCGCAAAUCAGGUGAGCACCAAGUAGUCACAAGUAAAGAAAUAGUGAAUCCAAUAUCUCGCAUUCCACCCCUAAAAGGUCGAAAGUAUGGAAUUUAAACUUAACAAAUUGCAUGUUCCCAUGCACUCCCGAUUAUAAUGAAGAGAAGAAACAGCCUUUUUACAUUUCCUUUUAAAGGAAAAUAUAUUCUUUAAUAACUCCAAGCAGGUAUAUUAAAAAUGUAUAUCAAUACCUCUUUGUCCAGCAUUGUGGCACGUUUGCGGGCUUAAAAUUGAGAUUUUACAUUUUAGCUCGCUCACAGGCUCGUGUGACUUUUCAGACUUGUUGUAAACAAUUUUUAUUUCCUCAUUGACCUCCGAAGUAAUGAUAAUGAUACAUUUUAUAUUCUAGAGCAUCAUUAUAUUUUGGAUCCUUCUGAGAGUCAUUUUAACCCUCACUAAGGGGCUUGGGUUAAAAUGACCCUGACUCGCGCCCAAAAGAUAUUUGUGCCUGUCCACAUGAACUGUGUUGAUUUAUCAGCAGUCUUCUUUAAGAUCCCUUAGCGAUAAGUUAGGAAAGUUCGAUUUGACUUUAACUUGAGGAUUAUUCCCUUAAUGUAGAAGAUGGAUUGUUUCAUUGCCUGUGGAGCACAUGCACAAGGGUACGGCGUGGACUCAGGUACACUCCAUGACUCAGAAUUAGUGACUAUUUAAGUUUAAUGAAUGCUUUAAUUUUUUAGCUUCACUUGUAAUAAAAAAACAUUCCAUCUGUGGAGUCACAAGUCGUCAAAAUGGGAGAAACUUUCCCUAACUAAAUAUUAUUUUGCAGGAAAUAUGAAAAUAAGGUUAAAUUUCAAUGCCGGACUAAUGCCAACCGCUUUUCGAACCAUGGACCUCAGAAUCCUAAUUGAUUCGCCCAAUAAGAAAACUUCUCCAACUUCAAAUUAGUUCUGCUCUAUCCAUUGGUAUUCACUAAACAUUCUUAGAUAUUAGCUAACUUACUGAAAAACUAAGGCAUGGAAUGUUAUUGGGUUUGGUGCGGAACUCCCUUUUCAACGUAGGUAAUCUUCUGCUGUUGUUCCUUUGGAUUAUUUGGUCAUUUUCCAUUUGUCCUUGCAGACCAUUUAAUGCAAGUUCUAAGUUAUUCAGGCAUUGCUGGGAGGUGCAUUUAACAGGUCAACCGAAGCAAAUUACUCAGCAGCAAAGAAGCAAGUGAGUUUUCACUCCGUCAAGUGAAUGUUUUUCAGACAGUGCUUUUACUUACAAUUGUGAUUUUCCAAGUUACUUACUAGCUUGGGGUAAGAAGAUAGAACUCUCAUAUACAAGGUUGUGUUCAUAACUUCGUAGUCCCGGCCUUGGCUGAACAUCGUUACCUGAACAAACCGGUUGUUUCAUCUCACUGACAGUAGUGGUCGGUAGUAGAGUGCAAUCGAAGGAAGGCUGGGUCUGAAAAAAAGUUUUUUUCUUCUCUCUUAAAUUUUUCAAAUUGGGAUAGCCAUGUGAUGAGCAUGUUGACAGUAAUCAUUCUUUCUCAAUAGGAACUAUUUUCCAAAACACCGGGCAGCGCUGGUUACUUCUACUCCAGAGCCUCCAACUGCUCAGCGCACGGCUGCCACCCCUGUUACUGCGCCCUCAGCAGGCGCUAAUGGAGUGUCCGCUCACAUAAUGGCCACAAUUCCUGGGGGAAAUCAAUUUUCUCAGACAGCCAAUCAAAUGCAAGGAAAUGCUUACAUAGGAGGACGGAUAACUCCCCAAGCCAUGCAGCAAGGUUUGUCGAAGUCAAAAACUGUUUAAUUUAGAAAUUAUUUCUCGGAAUUAUUUUUCUGUUGACGAUAUAUUGCUAGGGUUGUUUGUACCUUCUUUCUAGUCUCAUCACAGUCAAUUGUGGUGCAGUUAUUGGGUAGGAACUGGGAAAGCAGUCGAUCACGUAAUUUUUGGUAUCGUUUGGGUCAGAGUAGUCUUGAGAAAAGCUAGUGUCUUUGACUUUGACUGACGCUUUGACAACACAAUGAGUGAACGUAUUUAGGUUUAAUUAAAAAGUUAGUCGAGUUAUGUUAGUGAGGUAUGGUUCGUGAUUAGUGAAUAUAGGCGGAAUCCGCAAGAGUUUAGAAGUCAAGGCGUUCUACUCGACCGCGUAACAAAUGCUCACGAUGGGUCAUUAAAUUUAAAAAGUCUUAGAGCGCGCAUGUUUACUAGUUACGCGUCACACUAGCUCGGUUCUGCUGAACAGGGUGAGAUAAACGAGCUACAACGUUCUUAAGUUCUGAACGCACACGGUGACCUAUUUUUUUGGCAUAAUUUUGGUGUACAGUUUAUCUCCUUUGAAACAGAAAAAUUAGCUGUAAGAAAAAAACUCAUGGCUACAGCAUGCACGAAGCCCCUGACCCGAAAAUGCAAAUUAUGACCUUGAAAGCACAGACUCAAGGAACGUUUUAAGUUGAUACUGAAUAAAAUUGCAAGAUUUUUUCACAAAUUUUAUAUUACAUAUAUUCCAUACACUGGAGACUUCUUACCUAUCAAGUUAUUAUUGAAGUGUUACUUAACAUAGCCCCACUUACAGCUACUGAAAACCUACUGCCAAGUGUUCAUCGAACCGAUGAAAUAAUGCGCACGAUUAGUACCAGUACAGGCCCAAAUCGGGUAAGCGUGACCCAUCAUAUCUCUUUAGCAAGCACGGCUACGUACCUUUUUUUUUAGUUCUCAAACAUAGAUUCGUAGGGAACAUUCAACAGAAGUUUCUAAAAGAUCGUGACAACUUUUGUUUUUAGGGAAUCACCUUAAAUAGUCAUGAGUUAUGAGGUUCCACGAAUGUCAACGUUUUUAGGACUUGUUUUAAUGGCUGCGGAGGCGCCCCUAAUGAUUCAGAUAGGUGAUAAAGUCGUAUGACUUCAAGCAGCGUUAAAUUUGUAAUUUCAAUGAUUCAUCUAAUUACAAAUAUGAUGCUUUUGAAAUAACGGGUGUUAAAGGAGACCUAUGCAGUAUAUUAUAUGAGUGAUAUCUAUGGUCUUUCUCAAUGUUAUUAUUUCUUGCACAACUUUCAUUCAAGUGUCAAAAGGUUUGUAUUGUAUUGUAUUUUGUCUGAUAUUUUCACAGCUCUUUAUCAAGGAAAUGCUGGAGUGAGUGGUAUGGCUUCAAAUACCUCACCGGUGUCAGGCAUGAUGCAUAUGAACAUGGGUAUGAGUGGCAUUACACAGCAACCUGCACAACAAUCUGCAGCACCGGCAGGUAAUACUUAAUAACCUCGCUGUAUCACUCUUCUCUUGAUCUUAUGUACAGGUGAAAAUCAUUGAAAUAACCAUCACUCAAAAUGUAACGUGUCAGACAACAUAUGUUAUUGUUUAUACGUUGGAAAUUUUAAGCUUUUCUUUUACGAUGAGGACACCAAAUAUGUGUAAUUCUUGAUUUAUCCCUCUUCAGCUCAAAUUGUAGGCUUUCCACAACAGCAUCAGCAACAACUCAAGCAGCAGUACAGUCCUGCUCCACAACAACAGCAGUUUAAUUUCCAACAGCAAGUGAACCAGAUCAGCACAAUGCAACAGCAGCAGCAGCAACAGCCGCACUAUCCUCAACAAGUACAACAGCAACAGCAGCAGCAGCAACAACACCAACAGCAGCAACAACCACCACCACAACAACAGCCGCAGCAACAGCAGCAGCAGCAGCAGCAGCAAGUGGCUCCACACGUAGCAGCUAUACCACCCCCUAAGGAAGCGGUAAGACAGUCAACUAAUAAAAAGGUUUGGAGACAUAAUUUUUGUGGAAUUAUACUCGUUAUCUGUGCCCGAUUCUGUUUUUUUUUCCAUUGUGUUUCCUAUUUUUUAGCCGCCGCCCAUAUUUCUCGCUCCACCACCUAAACCUCAAAGGUUACAUCAUUCCGAUGCUUAUCUGAGGUACAUUGAAGGACUUCGUGAUGGGAUCCCUCAUAUGAGCAAUUGGAACCAGGCUCGCAAACCUGAUGCUUCCAGUAUGACGCCUCAACAACUGGCCCAGUUACCAAUUCAGUGGCUGGGGUGUGGUUAUGGCGACUAUGAAAAUGCUGUGGAUGCUUUGUGGAAUUUACGAGAUCACAUGCUUAGAGAUGCGCUGACUCUAUCCAAGGUCACCGAACAGUAGAUACAUUCACAUAAUUUAUUUUAGAAUGUUCUCAUAUCAGCACAUGCUAAGAAGAUGACUUUGUGUUUUAUCAAGUUGUGAACGUGUUAGUUUGCCUUGUUAUACAGCAGGAGGCAUUACCGUAAGGAAACACCUUUGUGUUUUGAGUGUUUUUGUUUCAGUAAAAGACUUUAAAGGUGUUUCCUCUGACUCAGCCUGUUUUAACCUUUUUUGUAAAUGUACUUAUUCAUAGAAGGAGUUAAAUAAAAUGGAACAUAUACCGUG